CUCUCUCUCACACACCCACACUCACACCGCUCUCAACUCUCUCUCUCUCUCUUGCUCUGUUCUUCUGUUUUUGGCAAAAAGAUACCAAAAGGGUUUGGGAGCAAAAGGCAUUGGGUCAUCGAAAUUUCCUCUUCUUGAUAUAUUUAUCUAUCCGAUAAGUAUCUUUGGGGUUUUUUUGUUGUUGCCGUUAGAGGAUGGAGAGCUUGCAAUUGGGUUAAGGGAUUAUUGGGUUUUUGUUGACGCUAUUGGGAAAUGGGGAGUUCUUUUGAAGCAAACGGUAAAAGUAUUGACCCUUCGGUGGGUGGGUUGGUUUGGGUCCGGCGUAGAAAUGGGUCGUGGUGGCCGGGUCGGAUAUUGGGGCCUGAUGAGUUACCGGAAAGUUCUUUGGUUUCGCCGAGAUCGGGUACUCCGGUGAAGCUACUUGGAAGAGAGGAUGCAAGUGUGGACUGGUAUAAUCUCGAGAAAUCUAAACGUGUAAAGGCAUUUCGAUGUGGAGAAUACGACGAAUGUAUCGAGAAAGCAAAGGUUUCUGCAGCUAUUUCUUGCAAAAAAGCCGUUAAAUAUGCACGUAGGGAAGAUGCAAUUCUUCACGCUCUUGAGCUUGAAAGUUCCCAAAUUUCUAAAGAUCAUCCACAGAUGGAAAAGCCGGGAGGUAAAAAACCCGAUGUAGAGGAAUCACCCAUUUGUUUUCAUCCUGAAGAAGAAACUGAAGGUACAUCCGAUAAGUUGAGCGGCUUGGAAUACAUGUCGAAUUCUCCACCGGAGUUGUCUCAAGGUGGUGCGUUGAUAGAUGACUCUUUGCAGGGCGGGAGGCGGCGGACGCCCAAUGAUUCGGAAGAUGACGGAAUAGAAGGAAGUAAGAAGCGUAUGAGAGGGCUCGAAGACAUCGGAGUCUCUGGGAAUUCGUCGUUUAAGAGGCGGCGGUCUCAAGUGGCUCACGUUCAUGAGUUCCUGAAAAAGAAAAACAGACGCCGGCAAUUGACGAAGGUUUUGGAGAGCACUGCCAUGGUGACGGUUCCAGUUAUGUGUGAACAAGUCACUGGGGUGACGGGAUCGUUCCUUCCGAACGGUUCCGACAAUAAAGUGUCGGGAUUAGAAUGUAAUGAAUCGAAGAGAAGUUUUUCGGUGGUGAUCAACAAUAACUCGGACAGUACCGGUGAUGCCUCGAAUAACGUCUUUUUGACAAAUUGCAAACAGAAAGAGAACGAGAUCUCGAGCAUUUCGGAAUUAGCCGAGAAUGAUUCUAUCGUAAGGCUCUUUGACGUCCCUUUUAUCGGAGAAGAAAAGCAGACCGCAGAUUUUUCUCCGAUAUCGGAAAAGCCGCAGGCCGGUGUCGGAGCUCAAUCCGGCCAAAGUAGUCUAAUCGAGACCGUGUCGGCGGGACACGAUGAAAUCCAAGAAUCCGGUUCCAUCAGUUCGGGGGCCGCUGGUAUCAGCGAUAUCAGCCAUAGAAUCGAUAACAAAGGUACUUCAAAAUGGCAGCAUAAAGGGAAAAGAAAUUCGAGAAAUAAAAGCAAAAGUAAGUCGAAAUUUCUGGAUACAAAUGUUGUCGAUAAUGAUGCCGAUGUGGUUCCGUCAAGAACCGACAGCAUGGAACAAGUUGUCGAAGGCCAAACAGUUGAGAUAACGGCCCCACAAAGAUUGCUGCCCUAUCGCCAAUCUCGUUUUACGGUUAAUCCAAAAUAUCAGUCGUCGGAUCUUUCAUACAGAAAACAUGAUAUUGGCUCUCUGUAUGACGUCAAUAUCGAGGUUAAAACCGGCCAUCGGCCUCAUCAUGUUCCAUACAUAUCGCUCAUGAGCAAGUUGACCGGUCAACCAAUAACUGGCCAUCCGAUCGUUGUCGAGGUUUUGGACAAUGGCGUUUCUGAUCUUUCUUUGAACGGUUCCGAAUGCCAUAGUAGUAGCUGCGAGUUAGAUGGGGAUGUCGGUUGGCUUCAAGUUCAAGAAACUCGUGGGUCUCCGGGGAAGUCCCCCAAAAAACCGAGGAGAAACGGGAUUUUAUCUAACAAAAAGAUUCGAAGGUUAUCAUCGUUAACGGGUUCCAAGAGACUGAAUGAAACGGGUAAGUUCAAGAAACCGGGACUAGCGUGUGUACCGCUGAAGGUCGUUUUCGGUAGGAUAAAUGCAGCGUUGGGUAUUAGUUCAACGCGGUCUGAGAAUUUCGGUGAUGCAGGCGACACCCGGUGAAAAAUCUUUUUCGUAAUUUUAAUUAAAAGUAUGUAGGGAUUUUGAUCUGGUUAGGAUUUUGAACCGUUUUUUGUUCGUUUUCGAUACAUUUUGGUGCGGUAGUUUCGCGCUCUACGCACUCGGUUGUACAAUAAUGGAGUUGUGGGUGGUAGCGUGGAGCCGGGUUUGGUCAACGGUUCGGGUUUUGUAUAGAAAAUGGUGUAACAGUAGGUGUAAAGACUGGUAUGAUGCUAGCCGCAGUUUGGCCGUGAUUUCGAACGGUUUGGUUCCUGUCUGGUGAAUUGUUGUUUAUUGGGUUAUCUGGACGUAUGGCCGGCUUUCGGGGUGUCGGUUAUCGGGUAUUUGGGGACGUGUUUGUUGUUCGGGUUGUUGCACUUUUUUGUUUAUGGUAGCAGGUGUUUGUUUUCGGAAACUCGAUACAAAAUGUUGCUUAUGUUGACCACUGAAGCCUGGGCCGCCUAACGUUGCUCUGAGGCGAGCCUUCUCGGGCUCGUGGUUAUUGUUAUGUGUUGUUUGGUUUGAUGAAAUCGAAUGAUAAGUUACGGAAUU